AUGGCCGUCGCUCUUUCUCGUGCUCGGAUUAUCACCGCAAACGAUGGCAUCGAGCGAGACGUCCUGGACUCUCCUGAUUUUAACUUCUCUGACUCCAAGCGGGUCAAGAAGAACAAAAGCAGUCGCCAGGAUACUUUUGCCAAGCCUAAUAUACAGAAGGAUGUCAUGCGCCAGCACUUCCGUGAUGAUAUGCGAGAGCUUCGGGCCACUACCAAGAAGGGGAAAGAUGCCGAGGGGGGUAUCGAUGGUGAUCAGAAAAGAUCUCAGGAUGAAGUUGAUGAUGACAGGGACACCAACGAGGGUGAAUGGUAG